AUGGGCAACGGCCUCUCCCCUUGUCUGUGCCCCAGGGCCGCGCACGGCGGCGAGGCGGCGCGGCUGGUGUUCUGGGGCGGGUCGGCGAGGAUGGCCGACGAGCGGCGGUCCAUCACCGCCGGGGACGUCACGGCGGAGCUCCCCGACCAGCACCUCGUCUGCGCCGGGGACUCCUUCUUCAUCGGCCUGCCGGUCCCGGUGCUGUCUCCGAGCGAGCGGCUCGUGUCCGGGCGCACCUACUUCGUGCUCCCCGCGGCACGCUUCUCGUGCGGCCAGGCGCUCACCGCCGCGACGCUCGCCAAGCUCUCGCCGUCGUCCUCCGCCGCGAAGGUGCCCCUCGCCGGCGGCGCGGCGUCCCCGUUCGAGUACGUCACGGGCUCCGACGGCGCGCCGCUCAUCAGGAUCCUGCCCGAGUUCAUCGAGAAGGUGAUAACGUCGUGCGGCGGCGGCGGCAAGUGUGGCACCCCGGCGGCGGAGCAGCUGUGCAGCACGCCGGAGCUGAGGAAGCACUACAUGCAGCUUGUGGGGGCGCGAGCGGAGAGGCCGUGGUCGCCGGGGCUUGAGACAAAUACCGAGGCCGAGAAGAGGAGGAGGAUGCCGUCGCCGGUGAGGCUGGUUGGGCUGGCAAAGGCUUCUUCAAGAUAG